GUUUUUUUCAAAAGGCAUUACAUUAAAUAAUGCAUAACGCCUCAAAUUACAAAACAUGUAUUCAUAGAAAGUUAGAAACUUUUACCAAGAAUAUGAUUUAAGGGUAAUUCUUGUUCUAGACUUUGCUAAUAUGUACCUCCCUCGGUGGCAAUAAAUGUACGGAGCUUUAUUUGAAGGAAGAAAGAGGAGGGUGCAAGUGCCACAGGUUCGGAUAAUAGGACCCCCUUUGCCAAAAUAAAGGUCUUUGUGGAAGGUUCUCGAAUGGGCAGAGAUGGGUUGGGCCAGAAAGUUGGUGGGUGACGCCGAUUUCCUUGACUCUACUCCCUUCGCGAAGCUAUUAGACUCGUGCGUUCGAUCAAAGUUCGUUAAUGACGUGCGUCGCAUUCAUGCUCGAAUUACUAAGUCGCAGUUUUCGUCGGAGAUCUUCAUUCUGAACAAGCUCAUAGAUGCUUAUGGAAAAUGCGGUUGUUUGGAGGACGCGCGCAAAGUGUUUGACCAUAUGCCCCAGAGGAACACUUUCAGUUGGAAUGCAAUUUUAAGCGCGUUGGCGAAGCCCGGUUGUCUUGAUGAGGCUUUGAACAUGUUUAACUCAAUGCCGCAACCUGACCAGUGCUCGUGGAAUGCUAUGGUGUCAGGUUUUUCCCAACACGGUUGCUUCCAGGAAGCUUUGAGAUUCUUUGUUGGCAUGCACCGUGAGAAUUUUGUGCUUAAUGAGUACUCAUUUGGGAGUGCGCUAAGUGCUUGUGCAGGGUUAACUGAUUUGAAUUUGGGGAUUCAAAUCCACGCUUUGAUGUCAAAGAAUCAUUACUCAUCAGAUGUUUAUAUGGAUUCUGCUCUUGUUGAUAUGUACUCUAAGUGUGGGGUUGUGGCCUCUGCUCAGAGAGCUUUUGAUGGCAUGAGCACAAGGAACAUUGUUUCUUGGAACAGCUUGAUUACAUGCUAUGAGCAAAAUGGUCCUGUUGAAAAAGCUCUAGAGGUUUUUGUAAGAAUGAUGAAUAGUGGGAUUGAACCUGAUGAAGUUACUCUAGCCAGUGUAGUAAGUGCUUGUGCAAGCUUGUCAGCAAUUAGGGAAGGAUUGCAAAUUCAUGCUCGUGUUAUGAAACAGGACAAAUUCCGGAGUGAUCUUGUGUUAAACAAUGCAUUGGUUGAUAUGUAUGCAAAGUGCAAGAAAGUGAAUGAAGCUAGAGCGGUUUUUGAUAGGAUGCCAUUUAGGGAUGUGGUGUCUGAAACCUCUAUGGUUAGUGGAUAUGCAAGGGUGGCAAGCGUGAAAGCGGCGAGGCUGAUGUUUUCUACCAUGAUGGAGAGGAAUGUGGUGUCCUGGAAUGCCCUUAUAGCGGGUUAUACACAAAAUGGAGAGAAUGAGGAGGCUGUUAAACUUUUUCUCCUCCUCAAGAGGGAAUCGAUUUGGCCAACUCAUUACACCUUUGGGAACCUGCUCAAUGCAUGUGCAAAUCUUUCUGAUCUGAAGCUUGGCAGACAGGCUCAUACUCACAUUUUGAAGCACGGAUUUUGGUUCAAGUGCGUAGAUGAAUCUGAUAUUUUUGUCGGAAAUUCUCUCGUUGACAUGUACAUGAAAUGUGGAUUGGUUGAAGAAGGAUGCCUAGUUUUUGAACAUAUGAUGGAAAGGGAUAAUGUUUCAUGGAAUGCGAUGAUAGUCGGAUAUGCACAAAAUGGUUAUGGUAUAGAGGCCCUUGAAAUUUUCAAGAAAAUGCUGGUAUCAGGAGAAAAACCAGAUCAUGUAACUAUGAUUGGGGUUCUAUCUGCAUGUAGCCAUGCAGGACUUGUUGAAGAAGGACGUCAUUACUUCCAUUCAAUGAGGAUUGAGUUUGGUUUAGCACCAUUAAAGGACCAUUAUACAUGCAUGGUUGACUUGCUCGGUCGGGCUGGUUGCCUUGAUGAAGCGAUAAAAUUGAUAGAAGAAAUGCCAAUGCAGCCUGAUUCUGUUGUCUGGGGAUCUUUACUUGGGGCCUGCAAGGUUCAUCGAAACAUUUCAUUAGGAAAAUAUGUGGCGGGAAAGCUCAUAGAAAUCGAUCCCUUGAACUCUGGACCUUAUGUUUUACUUUCAAAUAUAUAUGCUGAACUUGGUAGAUGGAAAGAUGUGGUGAGGAUCAGGAAACAGAUGAGGCAACGGGGAGUGAUUAAGCAACCUGGUUGCAGUUGGAUUGAAAUUCAGAGUUGCAUGAAUGUUUUCAUGGUGAAAGAUAAACGUCACCCUCGAAGGAAGGACAUCUAUUUAGUUCUGAAAAUUCUUACAGAACAGAUGAAGCAAGAUGGCUACGUGCCAGAAGUUGAUGAAGAGAUGUGUGAGGAAGAAAGUGAUUCUGAACUUUUAAACUUGCAUUGUGAAAUGGAAAUGCCAGUAGAGGCUGCACUUGGAUAGAGUAUGAAAUUUCUUAUGGCAAAUGCUUUCUGGCAUCCUUCACUUCGGACAUUAAACCUUUUCUCUUUCUUGAAAUCAGGGUAUGGGCCAGAAACUCAGGAUCAGGAUCCUCCAAAACUUUUUUCAAAGCCAAGUUAAAUGUACAGCUAUUAAGCUAAAGCUGUAGGGCCUUAACCAUAAUUUUUAGUUUGUUGGUACUAUUUGAUUCCCCAUCCAUCAUAAAGAACUUGUAUUAUCCAUUGAUUUUGAUCAUGUUAUGUUUGCUUGCCAGAACAAUGAGCAAAAGAAAGUUUUGAAGGGCCUUUACAGAAUGGACACAUCCUUUGUACGUGACUACAUGUAUAUCAUUUGGCACUUUGCCAUUACCAUUCAGGUAUUUUAGAACUACGAUAAAAAAUAUUUUCUCAGUUUCUUACUUUCUCUGAAUGUAGAGUUGUAAAUCAGACUUACUGAACAAGCAUGGUAAAAGCUCUUCAGUUGUAGAAUCAUCCUAUUUUUGCUAUUUGUAAGAACAAUGCUAUUUAACUAGAGAAUCGGACAAUUUGUAUUUUAUAAAAGAAUUACCAGGGAAGAAGGAAUCUAAAUGAUGAAGAGAGCGACGGGGGUUUGAAUUGAUUAAGUAAUCAUCAAAAACAUAAAGUUAAUACAACUCUGGCACUGACCAGACGUAUAUACAUAUUUUAUAAACAGCUGUUUGAAGAGAAAUCCAUGUUAAUGAGUGAGUGGUGGUUAUUAUCUGCAAGAGUAUUAUCUUUCUCUCAUUGUGUGGGUGGUGGUUCUGCAAGUAUUGCCACCUCUUUCAUUCUCACUCCUAAUGAACGAAUUAAGCAGCAGAUGCAAGUUGGGUGUCAUUAUCGCAGCCGUUGGUAUGCCUCAGCCCUUUUUAUCAUCUGUACUUGUCAUCACUUCUUGAUCUGAUUGAGGAUGCCUUGGCUUUUUGUGUUUUAUGAAUCUAUUCAGUCAUUGCAAUCUAUAUUCACUGUUAAAAAAGAUAUAUUGUAUUGAUUUUAUGUUUCCUUGCGUAUGAAUAUAAUCUAUGCAGGGAUGCUUUGGUUGAAAUAUUCAGAAAUGGUGGUUUUCCAUCCAUUUAUGCAGGUUGGGGAGCUAUACUGUGACGAAAUGUUCCACAUUCAAUUAUCAAGGUUAAUAAUAGGCAUUUCAACUUUCAUUACAUGUUCUCUGUAGUAUCAGGUGUCAGGAGUUGGUGGUUUGCUAUUCUCUAUAUUUGUUGCCAACUUUGACCCUGGACAUUUUCAUGUCUUAAUAUGAGUGUAGAGGAAGCUUCGUAUGAUUGUUGAUUUUUCAUUUCUAACCUCUGCUGUUAAUAUUCUUCUGCAAUCGCUUUUCUGAGUUCUUUGGGAUAUGGUUUUGUACUUUUGUUUAUGGCUAUUUUCUGUGAACAGUUAUAGUUUUAUAGAUAUGAAAGGUUGAAAAAAGUGAUGCCAUCUUUGUCAUCUACUAUUCAACCUAACGCAUUUCAGACUGUAAGUUCGUGUGUUACUUGUGCUUUCAUAGUCUUUAUUUUGUCUCACUAAGAUGCAUGUGUUUAUGAUCAUUUUACAAAAUUUUGUAGUUAAUCUGUGGAGGAUUAGCUGGAUCUACUGCUGCUUUGUUCACAACUCCUUUUGAUGUGAUCAAAACAAGACUGCAGACAUAGAAAUAAAAGCAGAGUUGGUGGUGCUUGAACGGAGAUAGAUUACUGGAGAAAAGGUUAAUGGUGCAUCAACUGUAUAUUUUAAUACAUGCAGUAUGCGGUGGCUUGGCUUGGUGGACCCGAAGGUGCACAAAUAUAGUACGAGGAAAAUUUUGUAUUCAUGUGUUCAACUAAAUGUGUGUUUGGAUUAAAGUUUGUAAAUAGAAAAUUGUAUAAAAUUGAUUUGUUAAAUUGAUUUUAAUUAAA